UAUUAUUAUUAUUAUUAUUUAUGAUUAUCACUCCGAUAGUCCGAUUUGUUCGAUAACUGUCACUGUCAGUUCAUUGUGUUCGCUGUCGUACAACUAAAAUUUAAACGGUGGUCGAUGAGACAGUGACGAAUAACAAUUAACAACUAUAACAAGGGGAUUUGAAACGUCCGAGAUGUCCCUUGGAUCAUGUAUUUUCAGUCGAGCACGACGAAGAAUAUUAUUAUCUUUAUGGAUUUUGCUAACACCAAACACCCUUUUCGCGCAAUGAUAACGCUCUACUGAUAACGGUGAAUGUCCGCACAUCUGGUCCCGCGGUGGUCAUCGUCCCGUCCAUCCGCUGUUUCACCACCGACGACGCUCGCCCCGCCGUGCAUUAAAAUAUCGAUUUCACCGCUGCAGGGCACCUAUCGUACCGUCGUUGUUGUUGUUGUUGUUGUUUUGAUCGUCGUCUGCGUGCCAACACCGUUAUGUCCGUAAACAUGACCGAAGAAGUCCAAAGCGACGAGGUUUUCAAAAAGCUCGAUGCGUUGAAAGACAUCAGAGAUAAAACUGAAAAACUGGAAACUCUAAAAAUGAACAUUUUGAAAGAAAUUGAAGCAAGUGAUCAAGAAGAUAAAUGUCUUAUUGAAUAUCGCAAGGAAUUGGAACUUUUACUGCAAGAAAAAAUGGCACAUGUUGAAGAACUUAGACAGAUACAUGCUGAUAUAAAUGCCAUGGAAAGUGUAAUAAAAAAAGCUGAAGAAUCUAGAAAUCGGUCAAUGGAACGUGCUAAACAAGUCCAUGAUGAAUAUAAACCUCUUAAGACAGAUAUUGACCUUAUGCGUAGAGAUUUACUUGGACUAGAACGAUUACCUGAACUUCAUGAAGAAGAAAGUGAUCUUGUGCGACCAGAUCUAUUUGUGCAGACCUAUUUUGAUAAACAAAUUAAACCUGCUGUGUCAACUCCCCCUAAUUCAGAUUGGCACAAUGGUGAUAGUGUACAAAACCUUACUCAAGCACAUCAGCAUGCUCAAGCUGCAGUGGCGGCUUUUCUUGGAUCUCAAGCAGCUCCACUUCAACAACUUGCUACUAGUAGCAAAAUGGUAAAUGGUGGACCUGUAGAUACUAGACCAAUACCUCCAAUUCCUGGACCACCAACAUUCAGUUUUGAAAAUGAUCGUUCUGCUGCUGCAACCGUGAUGGGUAAUGUCAAGUAUAAAAUAAAAGCAGUGCUUACAUCAGGACAACAACCACCACCAAUGAAAUCAUGCUUAUCGUGUCAUCAACAAAUACAUCGUAAUGCUCCAAUUUGUCCAUUAUGCAAAGCCAAAUCCAGGAGUCGUAACCCGAAAAAACCAAAGAAAAAAGAUUAACUAGCAAUGACUCAAAGUGACAAGUCUGAAUUAAAACUUUUAAUCAGAAUUCAAAGUAUAUGAGAAUUUAAAUAAGUCUACUUUGCUGACACUGAACUGGCUUUUAAAAAUUAGACAUUUUAGAAUUAUGGAAAUGUCUAUUUCUUUUUGUAUACUAAAUAAGAUCUUAUUUAGAUGCUUACCUUAUAACUCAAAAUAGGCUGGCAGAGCUAAGUAUGAGAACUAAACUUAAACAGUAUUUUUAUUUUUUAAAAUAUUUUAAGGAUCAUGUAUAUAAUAUAUAAUAUAUAUACAUAUUAAAAAAAAAAAU